CAGUGCCACCUUCAUUCCAGAGUAAUUUGCCAAACAAACAAACAAAAACUGAAAAUGAAACGGUGAACUACGCAUGCACAGUUCAAGCCAAACCUUAUGCUCAAAUUGUUUGGAAGCUGGGUGAAAAAAAUCUGACUGGCACAUCAUACAAUAUCACAACUGAAGUUGCACCAGUUCAAAAUUCUAAACUUUUGAGAACUCUUUCUUAUCUGACUAUUGAUAAAGUAACCUGGCAGCAGAAUGGGACUUUCUCUUGUGUGGCUUUCAACAGUGCUGGUCAGAGGAGGCAAACCACAGAUCUUGAAGUGCGCUAUCGACCAGUUGUUCAGUCUGAUGCUGAUCAUCCGAAAAACCUCGCACUGUCUGAGGGACAAGAAGCAACCUUCUCUUGUAAAACCAUCGGCAAUCCGCCCACCCUUUCACAAAAGUGGCAGUUCAAUGGAGUUGACAUACCUGGAGAAAGUUGCAGUGCCUGCGUAACAACAACUUUCACAAAGGCUUCAGUGACUCAGGCUGAUGCAGGAUGGUAUUCCUGUACUGGAACCAACUCUCUAGGAGAAGGACCUCCUGCCAGAGCACAAUUACUUAUUAAGCAUCCACCAACAAUCACCUUCUAUCAAAGAGCAUUCACAGUUAAUGAAACAAACGAUGUUACAAUGACAUGUCGUGCAAAGGGAGUGCCACAGCCAACAAUCACUUGGAGAAAGAUAGAAGAUGAAUUAAACUGCUUGGGUGAGCAGUGCAUCAUACGCAACAUAAGUGGCAAGAAUGAUGGAACCUACAGAUGUGUUGCUAGAAAUGAACUUGGCGAGGAUUGGAAAGAAAUCACUCUUAAUGUCCAGAUACGUCCGAUCAUUUCCACAUCCACCCCUACAAGCACUCAAAUACCUGGUGCAGCAAGCGAGCAAGUCGAUUUAACCUGUAUCGUUAGCGGAAAACCUUCACCGUCAUUGUCAUGGAAACGUAAACUUAAUGGACAAGAUCUGAACUCAUUGAACGAUGAAAAAGUGAAAAGUAUCAUUAAGGAGAGAGACACCAGUGUAUUGAAGGUUACAGUCAAUGCAAUAGGGGAACAUUUCUAUUGCGUCGCCGUAAAUCUUCUGGGCAGUGACAACCAGCAAUACACCAUAAGGGAAAGAGGGGUUCCAGAUAAACCAAUUAAUGUAGACGUGAAGUCGUUUCGAGACCAAAAUUCGAAAACUGUAAGUGUCAUUGUGAGCUGGACACCUGGAUACAGUGGAGGAUAUGAUCAAGAGUUCACAAUCCAUUAUCGCGUCAAACAAAGCAACCGAGACUUUGUGGAACAGUUUGUUGGUCACCCAGAUAUUAACAUGCACACUAUACACGGACUUUACCCGGAAACAGUGUAUGAAUUCUCCGUUCAAGCUUCCAAUAAUAUUGGCCAAAGCCAACUGUCAGACCCAAAGGAGUAUAAAACACCGGAGUCCCAGAUACCUCCGGACAGAGGAACUGUGAAAGCUUUCAGAGCAUCGGACGACGCCUCUAUCAUACUGGUGGAAUGGACGAUAGCAGAUGACAAAGUAACAACUGCGACUGUUGAGAUUCAGCAGGGAGGAGAGGGCUCUUGGGAGCUUGUCGAGGGAGCCUCUCAGCUGAAAAGACCUGUAUCAGAGUUUAAAGUGAGCGAUCUGAAAGCUGACAGCUCAUAUAGAUUAAGAGUGGAUAUGAGACGACCAGGAGAGUCUGCUCCGGCUUAUGUUUAUAGUGAUACAGUUCCGGCUGGCCCUAUUCCAGGAGCAGGAAGUGAUGGUGAACCGUUAAAAGGCUGGAUGAUUGCUGUCAUUGUUUCACUUCCUGGUCUUAUUCUCCUGGGCAUUCUCGUCCUGGUAUUCUAUUUCUUUAAGCUUCGAAAGAACGAACAUAGAGGGACAGCAGGAAAGGAAAGCAUGUAUAAAGAAUCAACUAAACAAAGAGGAGUGAAAAUGGAACUUGAAAUAGAUGAACCUCGCGAAAUGCAUUAUAUGGAAUUGGAUGACAGAACUCGUUCAUCAUUCAUGACGGAUGCCUCACGACAGAACAGUCCACACAGCACUGAACAAUACAGCGAGUACGCAUCUCUUGAUCCAUCAUCACGCUCCUGGGAGAUUCCGAGAGAACGCGUGACUAUCGAAAAGAUCGUUGGAAAAGGUGCUUUCGGUCAGGUUGCCAAGGCAACAGUCAUAGGUCUACACGGAGGAUCUGAGAAGACAGUGGUGGCAGUUAAAAUGUUGAAAGACGAAGCUACUGAUUCAGAGAAGAAGGAUUUGCUGUCUGAACUAGAGUUGAUGAAACAACUCAAACCUCAUCCGUACGUCGUCACACUUCUGGGGUGCGUCACGAAAUCAGGACCGUUGUUGGUGUUAAUUGAAUACGCUCCCUUUGGAAAUCUGCUCGGUUACUUGAGAAGGAGCCGUGGAUUGAAUGACACUUAUUACAAAGACCCGGAUAUCAAACCACAGACAAAUCUGAUGUCUGAACAGCUGAUCAAGUUCGCUUGGCAAAUCGCUGAUGGAAUGAGUUACUUGUCAUCGAAAUCAAUUAUUCACCGAGACCUUGCGGCCCGAAAUGUGUUGAUGGGUGAAAAAGAAACGUGUAAAUUGACAGGCUUUGGUAUGGCCAGAGAUGUGCAACAGGAAAGGAUUUACGAAAGAAAAACAAAGGGGCCUCUUCCAGUAAAAUGGACUGCCAUUGAAGCUCUCUUGUAUGGAAAAUAUACUACGAAAAGUGAUGUGUGGAGCUAUGGGGUUCUUCUCUAUGAGAUUUUUACAAUAGGUGGUACACCGUAUCCAAAGGUGGAUGGCACGAAAAUUAUCAAGUCACUACAAGAGGGAUACAGAAUGCCUAAACCACAGCACGUGGAUGAUGAUUUAUUCGCAAUUAUGACAAAGUGCUGGGAGGACGAUCCCGAAAAGAGACCAACUUUCCAAAGUUUGAAGAACGAACUCAAAGAAAUGGAAAACCAACGCAAGAGGCUGCUGAACUUGGAAACUUACGACAACCGACUCUACGAAAGCGUCAAGGAUUUAGAAGCAUAGUCGAGCAGGAUAUAGAACUUCUCCUAAAAUGAAAAAUGAACCAGAUCUUGCAGCCUUGCGUCCUACAGAGGCCUUGGAGAGAUAUUGCUGCAGAGGACUUCAAUUACAUUUUUAGCGAAGACGUGGAAUUAAAUAGAAUUAAUUAGUUAGGCAGAAUUUCUUAAUGUGCAAUGGUAAAAGAAACUUCCGUUAUGAAA